UCGGACGUAAACAAAACUUACAGAAGUGAUAACCCCAAAACUUUUGUUGUUGUUUUUUUUUAUCGCUCAAGUGUUAUCGAUUUGUUGGGGAAAUUGGCUGUAGUUUUGUUUUGGUAUGGAUAUUUCUACUGGUAUGGAGACGCCGUGUCCAUCGAAAAAGCACAAGAAGCAUAAAUCUAAGGAUAGAGAGGGUGGUGAGUCAGAGAAGCCACCGGGGUUGAAGCUCAUCUUGAAAGUUGGUACUCAGAACACCCCGGAACACAGCACUGAUUUCGGAUAUGGUGGACAUUACGUGGGUGAGCACGGAGAAGGUUCUAGGAGUCACCACAAGAAGAGCAAGAAGAAAAAAAAGAAGAAAGAUAAGGGUAAGGAUAGGGAGAAGAAGCACAAGCAUCAUCACAAGGAUAAGAAGAGGAAACGCGAAGAAUCCGAGCAUGAGGUGGAGAUGAUGGAUACGUUGCCGAUGAGGGACGAGAACGAUAGCCAAAAUGAGGAGCUGCCGAAUCUGGGCAGUCCGUACCGUGAGCCUAGGACGUGCGUGAUCCGUAAGAUACAGGAGAGGACGGUGCUGCAGAAGAUGCUCGAGCACGUCCUCAAGAACAUCGAGAAGAAGGAUCCGCAACAGUUCUUCGCGUGGCCGGUGACGGAUAACAUCGCGCCCGGUUACAGCGCGAUCAUCACGAACCCGAUGGAUCUGAGCACGAUGCGACAGAAGAUCGACGACAACGAGUACAAGGAUCUGCAGGAUUUCAUGGAGGACUUCAAGCUGAUGUGCACGAACGCGAUGAAAUACAAUCACGCGGACACCAUUUACUACAAGGCCAGCAAAAAGCUGCUGCACGCAGGUCUUAAAUUGGCUUUGCCGGAAAAGGUCGGCUGGAUUCUGCAGUUCAUGCCGGAGGUGAGCAGCAAGGAGUUGGGUUUCGAUAUCCUGCCGGAAAUCAGAGCGGAAUUCAAGGUGCCGGACAAGGAGUACCUUUCGCCGCUGUCGAAACGGAGGAUGCCGGCGACGAAGUUCGAAGCUAUUCCCGACGAUAUGGAGCCUGAAGAUGUAUUGGCGAGCGCGCAGAAAGCUGCUAAAGAGGCGAAAGCUAAAUUGGGAGAGCGUAAAGGAGGUGGACCGAGCAUGGGUUUCUUGAGACAGAAUAAGGAUGGAACGACUCACCUGAACAUCCUCGUUGGUGGUGAUGGGGUGAUACCGGGUACGAAGAAGAGACCGGUGCUUCUGGGACAACACACCGGGAAGGUGACCGAAGGUACUGGACAACUUCAAGGCUUCAGAGAGGACAGGAGGAAUAUCGUGAAACCGGUGAAGCCGCUGUAUUACGGGGCGUUCGGUUCGUACGCUCCCAGUUACGAUUCCGCCUUCGCGAAUCUCACGAAAGAGGAGAGCGAUCUGGUUUAUCAGACUUACGGAUCCGAUUCUGCCGUGCAAUACGCGGAGAGCAUCCUCGACUUUACGAGGGACUGCGAUUACACAGUUUACAUGGUCGACAGUCUAUUGGAUUUGUUGACCGGAGGAGAGCACAGUAAAACGAAAAAGGUGUUGGACGAUAAAAGGCAAAUGCGCGAAGAGGAAGACGCCGUCAAGACGAUACUCGAAACGAAACCCACGGAUGCGGUCAAGGUGGAUCUGCAGGAGUUGCGCUCGCUCUCGGAUCUGGGCAUCGACGUCAAAUUCCUGGACACGAUGAAGGAUCAAAUCAAGUCGGUCGAGGAGCAAGCGGAGCUUCAAGAGAAGUUGAACAACAUGUCUUCGCUCUUGGAUAAGCUGCACAAGAUCCAAUAUCAGCGUUUGUCGCAGACCGUUCCGGCGCAUCUGUCCGCUCUUUCCGGGCCCAGCGAGGAAGAGGUCGCUCUCGCCGAUACGAUUACUGAGAACCUGACGGACAUCGCGAAGAGGUUAAAUCCCAGCGACAUCGUCCCCGUGGCCGGCGUGAGGAAGGCUCUGGGUGUGGUCGGUCCUGAGCCCGAUGCUCCGGAAGCGCAAGAGGUCGAUCUGGAGUCGGAGCUGCGACAGCUCUUGGAGAGCGAAAACAGCUUCGAAGAGAUACUCAUGGAGUGAACAUUAAUAUA